AUGGUGAAGGAGGAAUGGAGGGGUCUAGGUGAGGUUCAAUUUACUAAAAAGUUGAAGGCUUUGACGAUACCUUUGAGUAGAUGGCACAAGGAGAAGUUUGGUGAUAUUGAUUUGAAGGUACAGCAGUUGGAAGAUGAAAUCAAAAAGUUGGAUGAUUUGGCUAGUGAUGGAGUUUAUGAUGGGACUAUGGAGGCAAGAAGGAGAGCUCUAGUUAGCUUCUGUAAGCGUUGGUAUAUCAGGAAAGAAAUCCAUUGGAAGCAGGUGUCAAGGUCCCGACAUGCUAAGUACAUGGAUAAGAACACUAGAUAUUUUCAUAAUUUAGCCUCACCAAGAAGAAGAAAUAAUCGGAUUGAUGCGUUGGUGAUAAGUGGCAGAUUGGUGAGGAAUCAAGCCAGGAUAAAGAGUGCAAUAAGAGAUUUUUACAAGAACUUGUAUAAUCAAGAAGCGCCACCUUUGGUAGGUAUUCGGGAUGGUCUAGUUAACAAGAUACAAGAAGAGGACGCUACAGACUUAGAGAGGAUGCCUUCGGCUAACGAAAUAAAUGAAUCAGUUUGGGAUUGCGAGUCGUCUAAGGCCCCUGGCUGUGAUGGCUACAAUAUGAACUUCAUAAAGAAGUGUUGGGGAGAAAUUGGUACUGAGUUUACUGUAGCUGUCAUGGAUUUCUUCCAGUCAGCUACGCUACCAAGAGAUUCUAAUGUUACAUGGGUGGCUUUGGCUCUGAAGUUUGUGGGAGCAAGGGAGGUUAAAGAUCUUCAGCCGAUUAGCAUGGUAGGGUGUGUGUAUAAGGUCAUUUCGAAGGUGUUGGUGCAGAGAAUGAGAAGAGUAAUGCCUGACUUAGUAGGGGAGACUCAGAGUGCGUUUGUGCAGGAGAGGAAGAUUCAUGAUGGGGCUUUGAUUACGUUUGAAACUGUGCAAUGGUUGAAGCAAAGAAAGAAGAAAUUGGCAAUAAUCAAACUGGACUUUCAAAAAGCUUACGAUAGAGUCAAAUGA